UACCACCCUUUAAAAUCAAAAAACUUUCUUCUUCUUCUUCUUCCUCAAUCAUUAUCAUUAUAUACUUAUAAUUUCCCAAAAACCCUAAAAUUCAACUAAACACUCCCAUUAUCAUUAGUUAGAAUUAAAAUCUUUAAUCUUCAUUAUUAUUAUUAUUAUUAUUAAGUAAUAAUUAAUGAGAUGGGCAAAGUUUCAGUAAUAAUUUACAUAACAGUAGCUUUACUAAUCCUCUUAUUAAUCUCACAUUCCCCUGAUAAAUCUACUCACCGUCACCGCCGUCACCGCCGCCUCAAACUCCGGCCACACCCACAACCCAACACCACCGACCACCACAUCUCUUUUGACCCAUUAAUCGCUGACAUUGAAAGAAAACGUGAAGAUAAAUUAUGGGAAGAAAAAAAUCAAAUCUUUAACAGCAAUCAUCAUGAAUCCGACCCGGCACCCGGGAUGAAAUCGCAACCCGAAUGGGAGGAUUUUAUAGAUGCAGAGGAUUAUUUGAAUGAUGAACAUAAGUUUAACAUAACACAUAGGUUGGUGUUGUUGUUUCCUAGGAUAGAUGUUGAUCCUGCUGAUGGUUUUGUUACUGAACAUGAGUUGACUGAAUGGAACCUUGAACAAGCUCAAAAAGAUGUUCUUCAUAAGUCUCAAAGAGAGAUGGAGUUGCAUGAUAAGGAUCAUGAUGGUUUGGUUUCUUUUGCUGAGUAUCAGCCUCCUAGUUGGGUUCGAGAUUCCGGUAAUAAUUCAUUUGGAUACGAUAUGGGUUGGUGGAAAGAGGAACAUUUUAAUGCAUCUGAUGCUGAUGGGGACGGUUUUUUGAAUAUCACCGAAUUCAAUGACUUUCAGCACCCUGCGGACACUAAGAAUCCUAAACUUCUUCGGUGGCUAUGCAAGGAAGAAGUGAGUGAACGCGAUACUGACAAAGAUGGGAAGAUAAAUUUCAAAGAGUUCUUCCAUGGACUAUUUGACCUUGUUAGAAAUUAUGAUGAAGAAAUUCAUAAUUCUUCACAUUUUAAUAGUGAUUCGUUAGAGUCCCCAGCAAGGAGCUUUUUCGCCGAGCUUGACAAAGAUAGUGACGGUUGCUUGUCUGAUGUUGAACUGCUACCUAUCAUUGGAAAGCUUCAUCCGCCAGAGCGUUACUAUGCUAAACAGCAGGCAGAUUAUAUUAUAUCACAGGCUGAUACAGAUAAAGAUGGACGCUUGUCAUUGACAGAAAUGAUCGAUAGUCCAUAUGUAUUUUACAGUGCUAUAUUUAACGAGGAUGAAGAUGAAGAUUAUGAAUACCAUGACGAGUUCCGCUAAUCUGAAGAUUUGGUAAAGACUUCCACGAUUCUUUUGGUGUAUGACUAUUUAUGUUUGCAGCAUAGUAUUAGGGUCCGAUGAUGUUUCUUCUGCAAAUGUAGAAUAACUUUGUUCUUCAUCAGAUAGGUUCUAAAGCAAACAUUUUUUACUUCAGUUUCUGAACCAUAGGUACAAUUUGAUGAUAGCAAGCAUUUUUGUUUCCUUUUCGAGGAAUAUCCUGAUUGAAUGGAUAGUGAGCGAAAAGCAUAUAUUUGUCAUCAAGCUUCAAAUUGUGUAUUUUAUUGUUGUGAUUGAUACCUAUGGGAUUUCAUCAUGGCACUCGUAUAGACUUAUCAGAGUCUGCUGCAUGUUUUUUGACACUGGAUAAUAAUAGUCGAUAUUGUCUGUAACCUUGUCUUUA